AUGUCUUGUGCUUGCCAACUGUGGUUGCACAGUCAGGCAUUCGUUUUCGGCCAUUGCUCUUCCCUUGGGCGCCUCACCCCAACGCCUGGAGGACCGGAAGGCACAUCUCCAUCCCCGUCUUCGAAUUAUGGCGCCGCAGUGACGUCAACGGCAGAGACGAAAGCGUUCGUCUCGGUGCGAGACUACUCUUCCUACCUGGCGCACUACUUUUAUCCAAGACGCCUACAGCGGCACUACCUGGCACUGCGCGCUUUUAAUGCAGAGCUGGCAUCGAUCAAGGAGACCGUCUCUUCUGAGAUACUGGGCCGCAUUCGAAUAGGAUGGUGGAGGGACGCGAUUCGGGGAUGCUACAAUAAACGCCCACCAAAGCACCCUGUUGCUCUCGCGCUUGCAGAAGCGAUCCACGACCCGGCAGUCCUCGCGCAGGGCGGAUUGGUGCAAGACCAUUUCCAACGGAUCAUCAGUGCACGUGAAGACGACCUUGCGGCUCCACUGACACCACCGACGCUGGAGGACAUGGAAGAGUAUGCCGAAGCGACGUCCUCGCGCCUUUACUACCUCUCCCUUAACCUGCUCGGCUACGACGCGCGAAGCACCGACGAGAUCUUCUCGCAUCUCGGCAAAGCGUCGGGUCUGACGCUGCAGCUCGCCUCUCGACGGUUGAUGCUACCGCACGAGCACCUGCUCGCCCACCGCGUUGUCGAGGAAGACGUUUACCGCAAUGGCGGGCGAGCGCAGGGCGUGAGAGAUGCCGUGUUUGAGACUGCAACAAGGGCGAACGAUUACCUCAUUACGGCCAGGACGCUGAUCCGCGACUCAUUCCGGCGGGGAACAGUGCCGGAGCAGCUGGCUGGCCCGCUAGUUGGUGCUGUACCUGCGCGUUACUACCUCGAGCAGCUCGAGAAGCACGACUUUGACCCGUUCCACCCGGCGCUGCAAGCCGUCGCCGCCGGGCGCGACUGGAAGCUGGCGUGGGCAAUGUGGCGAACGAGCCGGAGCCGUAACAUCUGAUCAUCCCGAGGCAGGCAGCAGACUGUUCCGCGCCUGUGUUCAAACCGGCGCUCUGCUCCUUUCUUCUCGCUUGCAAAGCAAGUCGACGAAGGCAUUGGAAUACAUGUUCCUCUGAUCAUGCGCUAUAGCCUGACCAUGAGAUGCUGUAACUGACGAUUGCUUGGACAUGAAGGCAUAAAUUUGAAAAAUGCUACAGGGGUGUCUGCUUGAGCUUGAUUGCGACGAUGGAAAGGAUAUGCGAGUAAGUGACCGCUGCUGGCAUGAGGACCUGCCCUGGCGUCUGCUCUACUUUGCAAUGCAUCGCCUACAUUGCCGCCUUCUCGCCGACCCUAGCGGCGCCUGUCGCGGACGCGUUCUCCUUUCCGCCGUCAUCCUCGUCCUCGUUGACGUUCCAGCCGCGGGAGCGCUGCACAGCGCGCUCCCAGCCUUUUUUG